AUGGCGGCGGCAGUAACCUCGCGCUAUGUAGGGAGCCUUCUUCGGGUGACUCCUGUUUGGUAUUGCGGCGGCUGCCGUGCUUGCUCCGCGGCUUCCCCGUCAUCUGCGCGAGUGCGUCGGACUUUCCUCCAGUUCUUCCAGGAGCGGUAUGGGCAUAAAGUGGUGCCGUCGGCUUCUGUGCGCCCACGAGGUGAUCCCGGGCUGUUCUUCGUGAACGCGGGUAUGAACCAGUUCAAACCCAUUUUCCUGGGUACAGCAGAUCCCAGGAGUGAGCUAACACAUUACCAGCGAGUGGUAAACACCCAGAAGUGUGUCCGCGCAGGUGGAAAGCACAAUGAUUUGGAAGAUGUAGGCCGAGAUGUUUAUCAUCAUACAUUCUUUGAAAUGCUGGGGAAUUGGUCCUUUGGAGAUUACUUCAAAGAAGAAGCUUGUAAGAUGGCAUGGGAGCUCCUGACACAAGUGUAUGAAAUUCCAAAAGACCGUCUUUAUGUCACUUAUUUUGAAGGAGAUUCUUCGCUUGGUCUAAAUGCAGAUGAAGAGAGUAAGGAAAUAUGGCUCAGCCUGGGUGUGCCUCCCAGCCACGUGCUUCCUUUUCAGCUGAAAGAUAAUUUCUGGGAGAUGGGAGAUACUGGUCCCUGUGGGCCCUGCACAGAGAUCCACUAUGAUCACAUAGGCAGCGGGCGGAAUGCAGCAGCACUGGUGAACCAGGGCAGUCCUGAUGUGGUGGAGAUUUGGAACCUAGUUUUCAUCCAGUACAACAGAGAGGCUGAUGGGAGCCUGCAUCAGCUGCCUCAGCAUCAUGUGGACACAGGAAUGGGCCUAGAAAGGUUAAUGACGGUUCUGCAGAACAAGCGCUCCAAUUACGACACAGACCUCUUCACCCCAAUCCUGGAUGCCAUCCACAAGGGCUGUGGUGGACCAAGCUACAAGGGCUUGGUUGGAGAGUCUGACAUUGGAGGCGUGAACACGGCCUACAGAGUAGUAGCAGAUCAUGUGCGCACCUUGUCUGUGUGCAUUGCCGAUGGUGUUUAUCCAGGCAUGUCUGGUGCCGAGCUUGUUGUGCGCCACAUCUUGCGUAGGGCAGUGCGAUAUUGCUCUGAAGUGCUCCAUGCUCCACCUGGGUUCUUGGCCAGCUUGGUUCCUGUUGUGGUGGAAAUUCUGGGAGAUGCCUACCCAGAGCUUAUGAGGGAUACAGAUAAGAUUAUGAAUAUCAUCAAUGAGAAUGAGGCUGCAUUUCUGUCUUCACUCUUGCAAGGGCAGCGUGUUAUAAAAGAAACACUGCAGAAGAUGGAUCAUUCCAGAGUCUUCCCAGUGGAUGUAGCUUGGUCUCUCUAUAGCAAUUUGGGAUUCCCAAGGGAUCUCAUUCAAUUGAUGCUAGAAGAAAAAGGGAUCCAGCUGGAUGUUGCUGCUUUGGACCAUCUGGUUCAGGAAGAUGCUAAACGCAAAGCUCAGCCCCAGCAGGAUAAGAGCACCGGGUUGCAGCUGGACGUGCAUUCAUUGGCCAAGCUGAGGCAGGAUGGCGUGCCUGCCACUGACGACUCUCUCAAGUAUUCAUAUGAACUUGGGCCCAAUGGAAGAUACAUCUUCAAGCCAUGUCACGCCACUGUCCUGAUGCUGUACAAAGACGGUUCUCUCCAAAAGGAAGUUCAUGGUGGAGGACAACGUUGUGGGGUCCUCCUGGACAGGACCUGCUUUUAUGCUGAGCAAGGGGGCCAGGCAUCAGAUCAAGGCUACAUGGUCCGUGUGGGGCAGCAAGAUGCACUUUUUUCCGUGGCAUCAGUGCAAAUAUUUGGUGGCUAUGUUGUCCACGAAGUGAUUGCGUCUGACAUGCUGAAGGCUGGGGACCAAGUGCAGCUCUUUGUGGAUGAGGCACAGAGGCUGGCCUGUAUGAGGAACCACACUGCCACCCACCUGCUCAAUUUUGCACUCCGCCAAGUCCUGGGAGAUGGCACAGAGCAGCACGGCUCCCAUGUGACUGCGGAGUACCUGCGAUUUGAAGUCAGCACCAAGACCCCUAUAAAGACUGAGCAACUGCAAGAUAUAGAAGGUGUGCUCCAGGAGACAAUCAAAAGGAAUGAGAUUGUCUACACGGAAGAAGUUCCCAUCCAGCAGACAAAGGAUGUGCAGGGACUCCGGAAACUGGAUGAAUUCUAUCCAGAUGUGGUGCGAGUGGUGUCUGUGGGAGCCCCUGUGAUGAGAGUGUUAGCUCAGGAGUCAAAAGAAGCCAUGCAUACCUCUGCGGAGCUCUGCUGUGGAACGCACCUUCUGCAGACAGGAGCGGUACAAGACUUCACUGUCAUCUCUGAGCGGCAGGUGGUUAAAGGGAUCAGCCAUAUAGUUGCAGUGACUGGAGAGCAAGCCAAGCAAGCUCGGGAAACAGGCCAGGACUUGGCUAAGGAAGUGGACUCCCUCAGUGCACGAGUGAAACUUGGAGCAGCUUCACUUGACGAAGCACAGCGACUUUCCAAGGAAACCGGCCACCUGAUGAAGAUAGUGAACAAUACCGCAAUGCCUCAAUGGCAGAAAAGGGAACAACAGGCCAUUCUCAAAGCACUGCAGCGUACGACCAAUACAGCAGUUCGGAAAAUGGAAACCAAACAUGCUGCAAAGAAAGCACAUGCCCUGCUAGAAAAGUAUUCAAACCAGGCGGUCAUCAUCGAUGCCAUCCCUGCUGAAUCGCCCUCUAUUCUGAUGAAAGUGGUCAACCAGCUCUGUGACAAAAUACCUGGAGUUUCAGUAAUGUUGCUGAGCCCACAAGCUUCUGGCCAGGUACUCUGUGCUUGCCAGGUAUCCAAGAAUUCCUUGCCCGUGUUUUCUGCUGCUGACUGGGCCCUGGCUGUCUGUACUCAAAUGGGAGGCAAGGCAGGAGGUUCUGAAGUUGUAGCCAAGGGCAUGGGGAGCGCCAAUAACUUGCAGAGUGUCCUGGCAGCAGCUCUGGAAUAUGCGAAGAAAAAGCUUUGAUGCCUGGUUGCAAGGUUUGGGUGUCGUUCUGCCUGUGCAAGGAUGCCGAAGCUGGACAGUCACUUGACUGGCUGUGAUUCCUACUGAGAUCUGCACACCUGCUCUGAAAUCUGCUCAGUUUGCGCCUGUCACUGCUCCAGUUGGUACAGCUGAUCUUCUAUAGACUGCCACUUAUCCUGCUGUCUCUACAGGGCAGAAAAGUCUGGGUUGGUCUGAGCUACAUGUACAGAGAGAGGAAUCCCUAAUGAAACAAGAUUUGUACCUUUGGAGAUAUUGGUGUGAGAAAAACAAGGCUGACCAUUUGCCCAGUCCCAUAAGCGCAGAGGAAGGUAGUAGAUGCUGACACCACUCAGGCAAGCUGCAGACACCUUGGGGAAGGAAGAGUCCUGGCACGUUGGUAAUAAAGACUAGCAGGGAGUCCUGCUUUAUGUCUGA